AUGCCUCCCAUGAAGCCGGUUAUUCCUAAGGACGUGAAGUCUGUCACCGAUCUUCCUCUUCGUCUGCGCAACUUUCUCGCUCGUUACCCUCCGGAAAUCCACUCGUCCGCCGUCCGUCGCCCUGAUUUUUCCAAAUUGACCGAACAGCUAUCAAAAGAAAAUGCAUCCGGUGAAAUUCCGUCACCAUACACGCCCGAUCGUGAUGCAAAGGGCUCGGCUGGGUUGGACAAGAAUGCCUGGACUCCUUCGAAAGCGCUGCUUAUCACCAGCCAGACCCUCCGCAACCCAUUCAUUCCGUUUAAGGGUCGAGCGGGCUGGGAAUCACCCAAAUAUGGCCUUCGCCAACAGGCUGAUCUGAUGAAAUUGGCCGCCAAGUACGGGAUCCAAGGUCUCCUUCCCCCCAGCAUGAAAUCAACCGAAUACAAGGAAACACGACGUGCCGAGCGUGGUUUGGCCAUUAAGGGUACUGGUGUUGGACAGAAGGUCAAGGGUCACAAGUGGGAGCGUACUAUGGAGUCACGUCUCGAAGAACGUCGCAAGGCGAUGGAGGGAAUGCCGGAGCUGGUUCGCUUGUGGAAGCAGAGAGGUCACGGACGUGGCUGGAAAUCAUGGCCCAAGCGGUAA